CUUGGGAGGAGUCUCACCGGUGGGAAAGUCCUGCCUAACAGGAGGUGCCCGCUUCUUCCUCAUUCGCCGCGCUGCUCUCUGCCAUAGUGGCGGCGGGUCCGGAGGUUCGUACACCGCCGAGUGAAGCACUCAGCCCAGGCCUGGAGUAAAGAGUUGCCUCGCCUCGCCUUUCUUUGCCGCCUGGACGCGGAGGGUGCACACCGGGGGGUUUGGGUGGAGUUCUUGCUCGAUCUGAGGAAUGUGACGUACGGAGGGGAAGGAGACGCAAAUCGGCGGGUUCCACCGGGAUCCUAGUCAGUACAAAGAGAAGAGACAAGUUCUGCAGACAGGUCAGGAGAUUCAGAUUCUUCCUCCCAUACCUUUCCUCAAGUCUGGGUCCUGACCUUUGACGACACCUCUCUCUCCAACCAUGGCACACCGGUCUCAGAGUUCAUCGUUUGAUGAUAACCCUCUUGACCCAAACUACCUGCCACAACACUACAAAGAGGAGUACCGCCUAGCUAUUGAUGCUCUGAUAGAAAAAGACAUACAGGGCUACUAUGAGUUCCUCCAGACUGCAGAUACGGUCAGCUUCCUGGCACAGCCAGAAAUUGAACACAUCAAGUCCACAAUCCAGGCACCCAGUCAGGCCUCAAGCCUCCCAGAGCUGACGUAUCAUGAAAGUGUUCAAGAGGCUGAUGGCUCCUCCGACACAUACUGGCCGAUCCAGUCUGACCUGGCUGCCCCGGGGUUGGACAUGGGCUGGCCGCUGCCACAGCAUAGCUUCGUCGGGCCCACAGAAGUCACCACUCUGGUCAACCCUUCAGACCCAGACAUGCCGACCAUCAAGCAGCAGGCCAGGAGACUCAUCAAGAAUGCACGCCAAGUUAUUGCUGUGGUGAUGGACAUGUUCACGGAUAUUGACAUUUUUGCUGACCUCCUGGAGGCGGCAGCACGCCAUGUUCCUGUUUACAUUCUACUGGAUGAGCUGGAAGCCCAUCACUUUAUUUCUAUGGUCAUCAACUGCAAAGUCAACUUGGACUUAAUUCCCAUGAUGCGUGUCAGAACUGUGGCUGGAAUAACCUAUUACUCCCGGACGGGAAAAUCAUUUAAGGGACAAGUGAAAGAUCGUUUCUUACUGGUUGACUGCAAGGCUGUACUCAGUGGGAACUACAGUUUUAUGUGGUCCUAUGAGAAGAUCCAUCGCUGCGUUGCCCACCUCUUCCUCGGGGAACUGGUUGCCACAUUUGAUGAGGAGUUUCGCAUUCUCUUUGCUCAGUCAGAACCUCUAGUCAUUGACCCAGAUGGAGCUGUUGCUAUGUCUGACACCAGCAGUUACUUGAGCACCCAGUUUGGUUUGAAGAGGUCCCAGUCUUUGCGUAACCCCAUAGGUUACCGCAGGCAGCCUGAGCUUCCCUCUGCGUUCCCCUAUGGAGAUGCGGGACUUUCUUUCCGGAGGAAUGACCCAUAUCGUCAUACCAUUGAACCUGGGGCAGGAAUUACGAUUGGAAAGUAUCCCCAGCAACAGUUUCGUCUGCAGCAGUCCAUAGUGUCCAGGCAGAUGGAGCUCAGCAACAAUGCCUUCAAGAGGCACAGCUAUGCAGAGGGAACCCAGGAAAACUACGCAUCUUCAAGGCAAUACAUGAAGAACAGAGUCCUGAAUAAUCUGGACGAGACAGACUUCUACAGAGAGCAGAAACAAAGCAGCCAUUACUACAGUGAAGGGCCUGGGCCAGGCUCUGGCCAUGGACACUCUGACAGAGUUCGAGUUCAUUCUUCAUACCUCUCUACUGACCAGUAUUCAGACUCAAGCUUUCGUGCAGAGCUGGAGCCUCCUCCUGUGAACUAUGGAGGAGAGUACUUUACAUCCGAUGACUUGAGAGGACUUGAGGGGCAACAGGCACCUCCGUUAGCUGGGAGAUAUGGAGGAGGUUCCUCCCAUAAGAGGCCAACCAUAGGUCAAGCAUAUGCCUGUCAGACCUCACCGACGCAACCCCAUCCACCAGAGAAGAAAACAUUAUUUAAACAAGCUGAUCAAGAAUAUGAUCAAGAUGCAAGUGUUAGACACGGCCUGAGGAACUGGAGAAUCCACUCCUAUCUUAGUACUUACGAGGAUAGUGGAGAAGAAGGUCUGAUUCAACCUAUUGGGCCUGAUGCAUUUGAAGAUCCACCAUCUCAGCAGCCUACUGAUGCUGAAAUUUCAGCUCCUGCCUUUGUAAUAAAGGAUGCACCACAUGUUCUCCAAAAACCCAGACCUGAUAUCUUGCAACCACGAUUUGGAAAGCCAAGAUUACCUGAGAGCAGCAAUGUAGACUCUGCCCCAACAACAACCAAGGACCUGCUUUCCUCAGUCAGCGACAUGAAAGGAUUUGCAUUGGAUAAAAAAGAAAGGGAGUCAGAGAAGGAAAGGAACAGAGAGAAAGAGAGGGGCACAGUAAGAGAGAUGGUUAUGGAUAUGGAGAUGAAAGAGGGUCCAGAGCUCUACCUGUCCAAACACGAAUCAUUCCGCACACGUAUUAACCCUCUCCUUCAACGUAGCUCUCGUCUGCGUUCCUCACUUAUAUUCUCAUCAUCCAAGGGAGAGAUACACAGUGGUAGCCUGGGCCUAAAAGCAGCCACAGAAGAAGAUGAGGCAUUAGACACUGUACGCACUUCCUCAAUUGUGGCCCAGAUUCUAGAAAAGAGAAGGUCGUUGUCUCGUGAUCCUUAUGAAUGGAGAAAGAGGGUUGAGGAAAAAGAUAAAGAAACGGACACAGAAAAAGAUGAAAGAGAGAAGGAGACAGUGCAACAACAAGAGGAACAGAAGAUACAAAUGAAAGAUGAGAUUCAAGCAAAAGAGGAACCUAUGAAAAUUAAUGAAGAGGUAAAGACAAAACCAACUGCUGAAAAAUCUGAGGUCACCACGUCAUCAGUGCUGAACAUAAAUGACUCAGCCAGUCAACCCAGUCGACCUCCAGUCAACACUACAAUGCCAAAGAUUGCACAUGUCUCUGGAAGUUUAGCAGAACCUGAACCAAAGAAGACAGACAUCUCUGCAAAACUUGCAGAGCUCAAUCGCAGACCGUCAACUAGUUCCUCAAAACCACCAUUAAUCACUGCCAAGCCUUUUGUAAGUUAUCACAAGCCUUCAGACACAUCUCAAUUUCAGAAAGAGGCGAAUGCCUCAGAGGGUCAAAAAAAGGAUAUAUUCAAGUCAAUAAAGCCUCUUCCAUCACCUAAGCUUUUCAGGAGGGAUCAGUUGAAACUCAAAGGACUGAAUCCUCGUCACAACUCCUGUGGUGAGGAGAAUCAAACCACAGAUGCUACAGAUGCAGAAAAGACUGAAAUGAAAAAGAGCCGCUCUCAUAGUUCUUCAACCCUGCCUCAUGAUUUCUCUAAAGAAGGACUCCAGAAGGUUAUGGGAUCUAAUACAUCCAUAAACACACUCAGUGAGGGAAAGGGUGAGGGAAAGGGUGAGGGUAAGCCACUUGACUUCUUAAAGAAGCAGACUCAGAGGCUCAAGGGAUUCCUGGGGCCCAAGGACAAAGAAAAGAAGUUUUCAGGUGAUGAUAAGGGUAUGAGCACAGUUGUAGAGAUCACUGAAGAUUCAAUCAAAAAACAGAGUUCAUCAGCACACGAUACAGGAUCUACCAAUACUGACCAAACUACGGUCAAUCACAAGACGUCAACUGGGACAUCAGGCCCGUCCCGAUACCAGGCCCCAAGUAGUUCUGUUCUGUUCAGCAGCAAUCUACGAGAUGACACUAAAGUAAUUCUGGAGCAGAUCUCAGCCAACAGCCAGAAAAACCGACUGGAGCGGGAAGAAACAGGAGGAGACAGAGAUAGCGGUGGCGGGGAGAAGGGACUGGAGAGACAGAAUUCCAUAAAAAAGAAUCGAUUUCUGCGACCACUGGGCAACAGCCAGGAGCGGGAGGGAUUGCUGAAGAGGAUAGAAAGCCUGAGGAAGGAGAAAAAAGUCUACAGCCGCUUUGAGAUGGGGAAUAGCCUGGGAUAAAGAAAGACGGAGGAGUGACCUUUUAUAUGGAAGCUAUUUAUGCAAGAUGAUCAAAAACACCCACUGCCCAUAUGUGCCAACAACACUAUCAAAGUACCUCUGUGGCUCAACACUGCGGCUUUUCCUGGAUUUACACACAACAUAACAAAACUUGAAAAGACAAUAUAUAAAAAUGCUGAAAAAAAUCACAGAGUUUGGAAUGUGCUUGUUUGCCAAGACCUGGUACUACUUUUACUGUAUAUGGUGAGAGAAAGAAGAGCAACUCUACUGCCAUACUGGCUGCAUUGGCUAGUGUUUCGCCAAACAUAAAAAGGUAGGCCAGCUUACUUGUAACUGAGCUUGUAUGAAUGUGAGUGAAGGAGUCUGAAGAUAAGAAAAAGACUGUACAUGUUGCACCUGGGGAAAGAAAGUACUGUAGAUACAUGUCGGUCAAAAAAAUGGCAGUAUAUGACUACACAUGUAUAGUACCAGUGGCAUGUGUUUCUGCAGUUGCUUACUGUAUGUAACUGGGACUUGUUUGAAACUGAAUGGCAGUAAGUGUCCUUGUAGAUUGACCAUGUGCCAAUGGCCUUCAAGCAAUACCAAAACUAGAAAGAUUAUUAACCCAGACUAGAAAGCAAAUAUGAAGAUAAGUAGAAUGAAAACUAAAGAGUAACGAGUGAAAUGAAGAGUGACUGAGGUGUGAGAUUAUAGAAAGUGAGAGAAAAUCAGGAUCAUUAUGUGGUACAGUAUAAGGUGUUUUCUAAUGUCUCAGUCUAAUAUUGAGGCAGCAACAGUAGUUUCAGUAGAAGGUAGUGCCUCUAAUGAACUUUACCCUCUCAAGAGAGCAUUAUGUAUUAUGGCGUGCCCACUACUGAGGGUUGAAGAUAUCAAAUAACUCUUCAGAGAGGGGGCCUAACAGCUUGCAAGGUCAGAGGAAUGGAGUAAAGAAAUAUUUGUGUACUAGUCUUUUUCUUAUGCAAUGUAAAUAAAAACUGUAAAGCGUUUGUAGUUGACCUGAAUCGCUGUACAAAUAAGCAGUUCUUAAAUGAAACAGAUGUGUGCCCUUGUUUCUCUUUCCUUGUUGGAUUUUUAAAUUAAUCAUCACCUCUUAAAAGGAGGAGUAAAAGAGAUAUGUUUGCAGUAAUAGAGCACAACCAUGCCUAAUUACAUAAUGUACUUGACUUCUGAAAACUACGCCCUACGCAGGAUUUCUAACACCUUUGUUAGUCUGUAAGCGAGAUUUAGCUUCAUCAUUCAGUUCCUAGGCUGCUUAACAGGUUGGCUCAGCAUGAAAACCAUUUAAUGUGUAGUGUUUUUGUAAAGUACAUCAAAGGAUUGGAAGAUCCACUGCUAAACUACAGGGGUUAUACAGGAUUAUGAAUACGGGAUUGUACAUAUUUAGGUAAAAGAACAGGAUUUCUUUGUAACAAAUUCAAUUGUGAUCUCUGUCAC